AUGUUGAUACCCUUGGCAGCGGUUGAUUGGUCUAGUUGCAGCCAAUUCGCAGGUAAUCUACAAAGCCCAUGCCUAAUGCACAUGAACGGUUGCAGGAUAACAGGAUAGGCUGGGAGCUGUUGAGAUUGCGGCGACGGCGUGAUGACCGAUGUGUGCGUGUGGCUUCUUCGGGCAUUUUUAUCCUUAUGCCUUUUGCACAUUUAACUAAUGGAAAUCACACCUAGCCUUUUUAAACUUACACACCACUUCAAAAGGCACGCUGCUGCACCGCUGGCUGGUUGAGAACACGGAAUGACCGAAAAUGCCUGCAGCAGACACGCCCCGUUAUAUGUGGGCAAGUCAACGUGGUCUCUUUUAAUUAAAUAACUUAUGAAAUAAGAGUCUAAUGCAGUCUCUGAUAACGAGUUUAUUUGAGAAUACUAAAAGUCAGGCGGAUGGAUGUUUAAUUUAUAGCCAUCGUCUUCAGAGAAACUUCGCUAACUUCGACAUUUACGACCAACAAAAUAAGUUGCAUUAUACGGCAAUGUCCAGGUAUGGGUUUAUAAGCAUUGUAUGAAAAUAUGGGGCAAUAAUAAUAACGUCACAUUAUCCCCUGAUAUUUAGUUGAAUUUUGUUACAACAUCCCUAAGUCGUCUAAUUCCUUCCAAAAAUUGCAUUUGACGUCUGCCAGCAACACCAUUAACCAGAACGUCAUAGCAACAAUAAAUUUAACACCCUCUAUGACAUAUGCGUCCCCAAUAACAGCCAGCGCAGUCAAACGGAUAUUCUAUCCCAUGAAAGUGCUGGCAUCAAUCGGGACGUCAGCGAAAGCUUGAAAAUGUCUGUCAUUAACAUAUGACCUCUACUAAGCCAACUGUCUCCAAACACUAUGACUGCAGCUAAAGAGCAUCGUAGUCAACGUGACGGUGUGCAGUGGAGUAUGCUAUUAAAUUCCGAACAGAUUUCUGAAAGCAGAUAAUUUUAGUCAGGCUGGAAACUUUAAUAUUCCACUGGCUAGGUUGAGCAUCUGCUUACAGGGCAAGGAUUCCGACUAUGUGCACGCAAGUUUCGAUUGCCAACAGCAUUAUUUGGCGAUGUCUGGUGAGCCAGACAGCACACUUCCUGCGUUACAUACAGAUGGUCUAUUGCGGGCAGACAGAAAUGUGGGCGUCUUACUGAACAUGAUACAGUAUCCGCUAAUCUUUAUCAUUAUUCGGUGUAAAUUUAGGGAAAGACCUUUAGUAAAGGUAGUGUCCUAAGGGUGAUUACCGGGGAUGGGCACUUUGAGUGACUGUGUGGGUUUGGUGAGCCCGUCGUUUGACCAACUUGUAACUGUCUUGGUGCAAAUGGAGAACCAGUACCGUUUCCAAUUCAACUAGGCAAGUUGCCGCUUUGCGUGUAAGCUUUCUCUAAAAACACCGUUUAGGUUAUCUAAUAGUAGGCGGCAUGACGUGGAUACCAUCGCACGGCUCCUUGCACAGGUUGAAAAACUGCGAAUAAUAAAUGUAGGAAGCCAUUUCAACUGUCGUAAAUGACGACGUCCGCUGUGUGCCCCACAAUGUAGGUGAUCAGAGGCUGGAUUGGAUGCAGUGAUUGGCAAAGUUAAACAGCCUGGUUACACCUGCCACACAGGCCUAGGGAGCGCAAGAUAGACGGGGUUCUCACAGAAAAAACGGUGGGCAGUUUAAUCCCGUGUGAGUUGUUGUGCCAGGAAAGCCAUAGCGAGAAGGAACCAUUGCAUACUGACUCUGCAUUCUGAGAGAGCCGACAAGUUACAUCCCAGUUACUGUCUUUCUUAGCAACGCAUUUUAGCUCACGGCGAUGGAUCACAAGCGAAUGAGGGUGCUUUUUGCGGUGAAUCGCUGAUCAGAGUGGAGACGGAGUCCACUGAAUCGACCUCAGUCUUUCCUCCUCCUCCUCCUCCUCCGCCUCAUCCUCUUCCUCCUCCUCCUCAUCCUCCUGCUCCUGCUCCUCGCCAUCUUCUCCCUCUUUCUCCUCCUUCUUCUCCUCCUAGUCUUUUCCUACACUUUCUGCGGCGAAUCGCUGGGCAUCGUGGAGACGGAGUCCGCUGAACGAACUUCAGGCUUGUUUCUUCAUCAUCCCCUUCCUUCUCCUCAUAUUCCUUCUAUUUCUCCACCUCUCCUCCUUCUCAUGCUCAUCAUCAUCCACCUCCUACUAGUAACUCCUUACGGUUUGCGCGUUGAAUCGCUGAGCGUCGUGGGAUAGGAGUCCACUGAAUUAACUUCAAACAUUCCUUUUACUCCUCAUCCUCCUCUCAUUUUUCCUUCUCUUUCUCCUCCCCUCCACCUCUUUCCCCCUCUCCUUCUUCUACUCCCCUUAGUUCCUCCCUAGGCUUUGUGCGGCGAAUCGUUGAGCACGGUGAGGAGGGAAUCCACAGAAUGAACCUCAGACUUUACUCUUGCUACUCCUCCUCUUCCUUUCCCUCCUCCUCCUCCUCCUCCUCCUCCUCCGCCUCCGCCUCCUCCUCCUCCUCCCUGUACCUCUCUACAUUUCGUGAGGCGAAUCGCUGA